CCUGAGGAGGAGGAGGGGAUAUUGUGACUGCACCUCUUCCAAGAAUGCUGUUCUUCUUAGUUCUCUUCCUGGUGCUGUGUGCCAUGGCCUUCCUUGCUGGGGUGCCAUUGAACGGCUACGUCCUCUUCAUCGCUGGCUGCCGUGUGGAGAGGACGGCCAGUGCCGUGUGGUUCUGGAACCGGGCCAUGACCGAUUUCAUCUUUAUUGUCUUCCUGCCUCUCAGAUUCAUUUCCAUUUUCAUCCUGGACUUAGACUGGGCCAAGAGUCUGAGCAACACCGUCUCCUCCUUCCACAUGUUCUCCAGCACCUUCCUCCUCACAGCCCUUAGUGUCGAUCGCUGCAUCCUCGUGGCACGUCCUGAGUGGGCCUGGAACCACCGCACACCCCAACUGGCUUUCCUUAUGGUUUUGGGCAUGCGGGCUCUGCGGUACGGUUAUCUAUGGGAAUUCCUCUUCUUACGUUCCAGAACCAGCAUGAAUUUCCAUCCAGAUGAAGGGAGGGUGAAGGCCGCCGUUACGAUCCAGUUCCUGGUUGGGUUUCUGAUCCCAUUAGCCUUGAUCUUGAUCCCAACAUUCUACAUCGUUCUAGCUGCCAAGAUGAGAAGGAACAGGCUGAUCCAAUCCACCAAGCCACUCAAGAUCCUUCUUGGUUUGAUCGCGACCUUUUUCCUCUCCUGGCUGCCGUAUCACGUCUUCUCCUUUCUGCUGAUCUUAGCUAAGCACCCUCUGCCUAUUCUGGACACAGAAAGUGCUUUUGCUUGUGUCCUGACAUAUUUCAGCAGCUGCUUCAACCCCGUCCUCUACUUAACCAUGGAGGAAGAGGUUCUGAGGUACUGGCAAUGUGGACACAACUCCCAGACGACCUACAACUCGGGGACGGAGCUGGCUGAAUAGGGAAAUGGAUGGAAUUGUCGAUAUUUGCAUGGAGAAAGAAUUCUGUUCGCUGGGACAUGUAACUUCCUCUUGAUCCCAAAAUUCUUUCUUUUAGCAAGCGAAUUUUUUGGCCUUAUUCUUAGAAGAGCCACAAGAAUGAUAACUGGAUUAGAAAACCUGCCUUACAGUGAGAGACCCAAGGAGCGCAGUCUAUUUAGCUUAACAAAGAGAAGGUGAAGGGGUGAACCUCACUGAGAGUCAAUGAGAAUAUAACAUAAUAUAACCCUGACAAAGAGUUUCCCAGGCUGGCUGUGCGUUGU